UCACUCAUGCACAAGCAGCCACACAAACAUACGCCCCACACCCAGCUGUGUGUUUCCACUGUGUCCUCUGUGUUCACUGGCACCAGACUGGCACUCACUGGUCUGUCGCGGUGAGCACGGCCCUCCUCUCCCCUUCUCUCUGCAGCGUGGACCAAAGACCUCAGAUCGUUUCCUGCAGCCCCUUCUUGUUUUCAGUGGACUUUUAGCUUUUUUUUGUUUUGUUUUUUUUGGUGGAAGAACCGGGGUUGGAGACGUUUCUACAGAAUCGAUUUUUUUCUUUUGCUUCUAAGAGUUGUGUCAAUCUUCCAAGAUGGCACCGUUGAAGAGUUGGGUACUGGGACUCCUGCUGGUGCUCCUGUGCUCAUCCCAGCUGCCACUCUCGGGGGUUGUUAGUGCCCAGAACGUGGCCGAAGCAGAGGCCGACCUCUUUGCCAGAAACGAUGAGGUUGUGGCAGAGGAGGGCGACACCACUGAGGGCGAUGGUGGUGCUAUUGAGGAAGAUGAAGAGGUAGAAGGAGAGGAAGGUGAAGAAGAAUCAGACGAUGAGGAAGAGGAGGCAGCUGAAGGAGAAGAAGAUGAAGAGGCUGCAGACGAGGAAGAGGAGGAUGAUACCGAAGAAGAGGAGGAGGAGGAGGAGGAAGAGGAGGAGGAUGAUGAAGAUGAGGAAGAAGCUGCAGAUGAGGAAGAGGAGGAUGCUGAAGAGGAGGAGGAAGAGGAGGAGGAUGAUGAUGAAGAUGAGGAAGAGGCUGCAGAUGAGGAAGAGGAGGCUGCUGAAGAGGAGGAGGGAGAUGAUAAUGAUGAGGAGGAGGAGGCUUCAGAAGAGGAGGCUGCUGAAGAGGAGGAGGGGGACGAUGAUGAGGAGGAGGAGGAGGCUGCUGCUGAAGAGGUAGCAGCUGAAGAGGAUGAUGAUGAGGAGGAUGAAGAGGAGGAGGGGGAUGAUGAUGAUGAGCAGGAGGAAGAGGCAGCAGCUGAGGAGAUAGCAGCUGAGGAGGAUGAUGACGAGGAGGAUGAAGAUGAGGAGGAUGAAGAGGAGGCCGCAGAUGAGGAUGUUACAGCAGAAGAAGAGGAUGCUGAGGAAGACGAGGCAACCGAAGGAGAGGAGGUAGCUGCGGAAGAGGACGGCGAUGAUGCUGAGGAGGAAGAGGAUGAUGAUGAUGAUGAGCAUGAGGACGUCGCAGCAGAGGCCCAGGAGGACGCCGCCUCCGACUUGCUGUAUUUCCGCUCUGGCUCUUUGUGCAGCGUGUGCUCCAUCUGCCAGCACUGCUCCAGUAGCUGCGACAAGUGCCCAUGUGAGGAGGGAGACGAGUCGGACCACUGCGAGCACUGUCAGGGAUGCUCGUCCUGCUACCUCUGCCCCAUCCUGUGCGACACCGUUUGCUCUCCAGGCGGCCUUGUGGACGAGCUGACUGGGUCCCUCUUUCAGACCUUUUCCUCUCUUCUUUGAGCAACCCUGAGACCAGCCCCCUUUAGCAUCCUCCUGUGGUCACAAGAGGUACGGCGACCAGGAUCGGCGCUGUCUGGCUGUACGCCCCGAAUCGGACGGCUCACGUUAAAGUUUUUUUAUUAAAAGCUGCAAGAGUAAUUUAGUAGAAUUUGAUUUAAUGACCUGAAUUUGUGUGUAUUUUCAAUGCAAAAUACAGUAUUUCUAUAAGGCUAUGAUUUAUUCAUAUGUUUUUUUGUAGGAGCGUUAAUGUAAAACAACUUUAGCUGAGCAAGAACAAUUUGUGGGCCUGUCUUGUGGCGGGAGUCUGAAUUGACACACUAAAUAGAUGAAAAUGAAUGUAAAUAUAAAAGAAUAUGAAACUUCUCAGGAUACCUCAUAUGACUUUGCAACAUGUUACGAUACAAUUUUAUAUUUCAUGCUGCUGUGACUCUCACUUGAUAAUAAAUUUCAAUUUAA